ACCGCGCGCAGUGAAAAACGUCUAAGGGGCGGAAACGAUGCUAAAAACAUUAGCGACUCUCGGGGUUUUGUGGUAGUGUUUUGACGCCUAGUUUCUAAUAGACACGGACUAAAAUCGUGUUUUUGGACGCUCGGGUAUCCGUUCACACAGCGUGUGACUAAAAGAAGGCGUUAAACGUGUUAAUUACGUGUUGUUCUGGUGGCUCGUUAGCUAACAAGCUAGCUAGCUGUUUGGAUCUCCAAGUGCAGGUCAUCCAAAAUGGAUGACAGUAAGAUGGUUAGCGGAAAGGUGAAGAAACCGGGCAAGCGUGGGCGAAAGCCAGCUAAGAUCGACCUGAAGGCGAAGCUGGAACGCAGCAGGCAGAGCGCGCGAGAAUGUCGAGCCAGGAAGAAGCUACGUUACCAGUACCUGGAGGAGCUGGUGUCCAGCAAAGAGAGAGCCAUCUGUGCCCUGAGAGAAGAACUAGAGAUGUACAAGCAGUGGUGCAUUGCCAUGGACCAGGGAAAAAUCCCGUCUGAAAUCAAAGCUCUCCUAACCGGAGAUGAUCAGAAAGGCUCACAAAGCAGCAGCGCCACCAAAACCCCCCAAAACGGCAAAUACAACUCAUCAGGCAUCAGCCAGAGCAAGUCGACUUAGAUUCCAUUUAAAGACUUGUGUUAGAAUAUACAGUCCAGCUCGCUGCAGGCAUGGAGGAGGUGAUUAAUGUAGAGCUGCACAGACUGGUGUAUAUGAAGGAUGAAGGAACAGAGCAACAGUCACACAGGGGCAGUACAAACAGGGGCUUAUUGAGGUUUUGUUGGAGGAAUCUGGCUAACAAACACUAAAACACUUCAACUCCACAGUAUUCACCUGAUAACGAACAUCGUUAUUUUCUUACCGUCUCCGAAUUCGAAUCUUGUAGAAGUGAAAGGCAAAGGCGAGGCAGGUCAGAAAGCGAAUGUAGAGAGAAGGCACUGGUCUAAGCACUGCUCUAAGCACUUUAACGAAUUUUUUUGAAGAUUUUGCAGAGCACUGGGUUAAAGUUCUUCAUUCUUUUGCGUGAAGCCAAGUUAUUUCGUACGUGUGUAUUUCCUACUGAAAGAUAACGCACUUUCCUCUUUAUCCAUCCACAUCUGUAAAGCGUGGAUGUUUUAGUCACUAUAAGCGUCUGAUCUGUCAUCUGUCUACUGUCUGUACAUUUUAUCAUCAGAUACUCAGAUGUCUGUAUUACAUUAACACCUUUAGUGAUAUGUUGUACCAUUAGUACAACAUAUCACUUACACUUCUGCUUUCUCGUUUUAUUUCUGUCUCUCUCUCUCUCUCUCUCUCUCUCUAUCUAUCUAUCUAUCUCUCUGUGUUACAAUCUACAUUAAAUAUUAGUGUGUAUGUAAGAAAACGUUUCAGAAUAAGUUCUCAUUAGAAUGCGUACAGAAUAAAGAAUGUCGUGCGAUCUUAAUUUGUCAGUUAACUAAACCGAUGUUUUUAUUUUUGUUUAAGUAGGCAUAUUCCACCCAGAUCAUACAGAAAGAAAGAAUUAGUUCAUGAAUAAACUCUUUGUACAAAACCAAAACCAAGAAACAGUAGCUCGGAUGUACCGAUUAAAGUAUUUUGGACACCAUGAAUAAUUUGAGCUGAUGUUUAUUUAAACAAUAAAAAAAAAACAAAAAAACUGUUCAGAUCGAUCAUAAUGUUCUGUAGAACAGUGACGCAUUUUUUUUUCUCCAUUUCUUGCCUGUCCAUUUCCAUUAAUGUCAUUAUUUUGCACAGAAAUAUAUGGAUAUUUUUAUAUUUAUGUAUAAAGUAUGUAUAGAACUGUUGGCAAAAGCUGAAACUAUUUGUCUAUGUAACAAAAAAUAUGUAUAAUAAAGAUGUGCAAUUG